AUGGUACUCUCCCUUACUAGCCAACGGGAUAACUAGGACCGAGAAUGAGUAUUUUGAUUGGAUGACCGCAUUGGCCGGCUGAAGACGCUCAAACUGUCUGGCAACUGCAACGACAAAAUGCUAGUCAGGAAAAAUCAAAGGUGGACAAUUGACGAAGUCGGAGAAAUCUGAUUAUUUCAACACCACAAAAGGGAGGUAAAAACAAAAACUAUGGACAGAGAAAAUAGCAAUCCUCCUCCACUGGACCGGGACGGGAUGGAGGGGAAUACAAACAGGGUGGCAUCCCAGGUGGUGGAGAUCAUCAGUGGGAUGAGUCUGGGAGCCAUCCAGUCUCUGGAGCAGGCUGUGGAGGAGGAGGAGGGAGAUGACUCUGUGUUCUAUGAUGACGGUGAUGCUCCAUUAGAUGGGGAAGGAAGGUCUUGUCCCUUGGUCUGUGGGUCCACCGAGAAAUCAGCUCAACCACAGAAUGGGAAGGUGAGCCUACUUAAGGCUGAGGCAGCCGGUGUAGUCAUGGAGAAUGGAACAGGGAAAGAUCCCAUCACGGAAGGAGGGGAACAUCGGAGCUCUGCCCUUUCGGGUAAGGGUGAUACUGGGCCACAUCACAUCACCAGUGGCCGAACUAAGCCCCAGACAGUCCAGACAGAAACAUUGGCACAAAUCCCAACUCAAACACUUGCAGAGCCACAAAAACAUACAAGACAGGACACAUUGAUGAACAAAGCUUCUGCUUCACACAAGAUGGAGGUGAAAGAUACACAGGAGCAGACACCUGUUAGUACUCCCCCGCCUGUACCUGAGGAACCUCAGCUAUACAGGGCGGCAGAGGCCCCAUGCUCCUCUGGUGACGAGCCCAACAGUGCGAGUCAGGAUGAGGAGGACACAGACAAAGGUUCCCAGGAUUCCCUGGCCUGUCAGGGUACAAGUUCCCAGUCCUCAGAAGGACAGAAGUCUGGCCGGCCCAGUCAUCAGAAAUCUUCCAACCACAACACCAGUUCCAAAUAUAGCACUGUCUCCUACAGAAAGAUACGCAAAGGUAACACUCGCCAGAAGAUCGACGAGUUUGAGUCCCGGAUGAAUCUAUAACAUUACAUCAAGUUAAUAUCUUGAAGAUGGUGCAGCUUUACUUCAACUGAAUGGAGCUGGAUGGGGGCAUGCUAAACCAGUCGCUAUGCAAAUUGGAAUAACGAUCACCUAUCGUCGUUGGUUAAGUCUGUCUAAUACACAAUCCUAACAGAUUUUCAGUGUAUCAUAUUUCAAAUAUUGACAUUUCACUGUAACGUUAAGUCUCUACUGAAGCCAAAAGAAUGAUUGACAUGUAAAGAGUUCUCACAGACUUGGAAUGACUGCUGAGAGGAGCUCAAUAUGCAUAGUAGUGUUAUUUAAUUAGAAAAUUAGCGGGGAACAUUUGAUUAUGUAUGGCAGGUAUUUGAUAAGCAAAUAAAAUAAAAAAACAUUUUUUAAAAAGAGGCUUGGGGAGCUAAUAAUCCUACUAGCAAAACAUUACAACUUGCAUUCCCCAGGGGCUCCUGGCCUGUAAACAUUUCAAUACACUUUGCUAAGCACUGCAAAUCUGAAUUUCAGGUGAUCAACCCUAUAUGUAAAGUUCUGCUAUUUAAAAUGUACACACACACACACACACACGUUCACCUUAGGCUAUAAGAACUGAACCAACUAAUAAUGUUAAACCCCUAUAACACGAAUAUUUCCAUGAGUACAGUGUACAUGUUCUCCUGGAAUAUGUUUUUGUGGAAAAAGAACAUUAAUAUCUAUUCAUUAAAAGGAAAUUAACAUUGAUGUGUGUGAGUUUGGAGAAAGAAAAUCCCAUCGUUCAUCUUUGGUAUCAACAGUUCCCUCUAUUGUUAAAGAAAUGUACAUACAGUAUGCACUAAACCUACAACCAUAGUAAAAAAAAACAAGCAGCUCUUAUUAUACCAGGCGAGCCAUAAAGUGAAGGGUGAAGUUGCCCUUAGACACUGAUCUUGGGUCAGUUUGAAAUGUUCCCCACUAAUCAUUGAGGUUAGAAUUGGGGAGGGGAAGCUGAUCACAGAUCUGUACCUAGGGAAAACUUCAACCCGGAGCUGACUCAUAAUGCAAUACUAUUUUAUCUCAAAGAAAAUGUCAGAUGUCUUUAGCUUUGCUAUCUGUGAUAUGUAAUGCCAAAACAGACUCAUGCACACUGCAUGCAUUUAAAUUUGUACAUCAAAAUGAUAUUUCAAACAGUAAAAAUGGUACACGGACAGAACAGAUCUAUUUACAUGAAAUCAAAGUGGCAUAAAAUAUCCAGCCAUCUGGCACUGAAACAAAUAUGGGAAAUUGUGUGGUCAAAUGGUCAAAUGGAGCUAAAAUACAGUCGGAAGUCGGAAGUUUACAUACACUUAGGUUGGAAUCAUUCAAACUCGUUUUUCAACCACUCCACAAAUUUCUUGUUCAAACUAUAGGUUUUGGCAAGUCGGUUAGCACAUCUACUUUGUGCA